AAACCGAUAGAACGAAUCGAAGUUCAGAAGCUUGACAGUAGCCCUCAAGCCACUAACCGUAACAACGAAAAAGCUACUCAUGGCGGAAAUAUCGAUAACAUAACCCAAUUACAAAAGCAAUACAAAGGCAAAAAGGGUCACAAAUCUGCUAAAUUCGGCGAAAAAAAAGGUCACAAAAAAGGUCAUAAAACCAGAGGUUACAACAACCGUUUUCAUAAAGAUGAAUAUGUGAAAGAACAUAAAUUGUAUGGAGAUGGAUACAGGAAUAAUCAAAGAAAUCAAUAUAAAAACGCACAUGAUGCUUCGGCUAAAAAGCGUACUUCAUACGAAAAAUCAAACAAACGCAACCACGGUUAUAGUGAAGAUAAGUUUGGGAAGAAAGGCGUCGACGAUGUUGGGAAAUUCGAUAAAAGGCACAAAGAUUUUGAAAGAGAUUCCAACCAUCAACAGUAUAAUAACCAUCACACUAAAAAUAUUGAACUGAAAGAAGCUACCAAUCCGUAUCCAAAUCACAGACCGUAUUAAAUAUAUAUUUGUUUAUUAAUUUUUUUAUUAAAAAAUAAUAAUAAUA